UGAAAGUCUGUCACCAUGAAGGGGACAUGUCUGUAUCUGGUCCUGUGGACGUAUUUCACUGCUUUCUCCCAAUGUGGUGCACUCUACAUUCUAACGACUCCAAAUCUCCUGAGGGUCGACAUCUUCGAAAAGAUUGUUGUGGAAUCUCAUGACACAAGCAGUGUCUUUAAAGUGCAAAUCCGUGUCCAAGACUUUCCUGCCAAGUCUGAAAUUCUGUUUGCUACCGAAGUCAAUCUCUCACUAGAUAAUAACCCGGCCUCUGUGGAAAUCAAGAUUCCAGCUGAUCGGGUUCCUAAAACGAGAUUUAAACAGUAUGUUAUCGUGAACGCCAGGUUCCCAAACUUCGAAUUGAACCGAGAAGUUCUUCUUUUAUACGAAACUGGUCACCUGUUCCUCCAGACUGAUAAACCAAUCUACACACCAUUGCAAAACGUGCUUUACCGAUUGCUCACUGUGGACAGGGAUCUGAAGCCAAACAACAAAAAGGCAACUGUUGAAAUUUUGACCCCACAGGGUGUCACCGUGCAUCAGGUCCAGAUAAAUAAAGAAAGCAGAAUGAAGUCGUCUGGAAUCAGCACGGGCACGUUCGCUAUCCCAGAGCUGGUGCAGUUUGGGUUCUGGAAAAUUGUAGCAAAGUAUGAUACCGAUGAGAUCUACAAUUAUACAACGGAAUUCGAGGUCAAGGAAUACGUACUCCCAAGCUUCGAGGUCGUGUUAGAACCGAGGAAGCAUUUUUUCUACGUGGAUGACGUGAAGUUGGACGUGGACAUCAAGGCUAGAUACACCUAUGGCGAAUCCAUAGAAGGCCGUGCGUUCGCUCUCUUCGGGGUGGUGACGGACAAAGAUAAAGUACUAAUCCCAUCGUCCCUUCAGUCCACCGAUAUUAUUGAGGGGAAAGCGUCGUUUUUUCUGGAGAGUAACACAAUAUCUGAGGUUUUGGGUCCCAUUGAAAAGCUUGUUGGAUUUUCGAUCUACGUCAUUGUCAGCGUGAUAACCCGCACAGGAAGUGAUAUGGUAGAAGCAGAAAACUCUGCCACCAAAAUCGUCAAAUCUCCAUACGUAAUACUGUUCACUAAAACACCAGAGUAUUACAAACCAGGGAUACCCUUUGACUUCAUGGUCUCUGUCACAAACCCUGACGGUACCCCAGCCAGAAGAAUCGAAUUGUCUGGGAGUCAUGAUACGGCCCACAGCGAAUCCAUCACCGGACUCAAUGGGAAAGCCAGAAUGGUUAUCAACACACCAGGAUCGUCAACAGUUAUCAAAAUAACCGUUACAACAAAAGAUCCAGAGCUCCCAAACGAACGUCAAGCCACGGCCUCCAUGGUUGCCAAAGCCUACAAAACGAUGUUUAACUCAAACAAUUACUUGCACAUCAACCCCAAAGUGACAGAUGGAGACAACCUGAUCGUUUAUCUGCACGUUCCGAAAGAAACUGCCGCCGUUACCGAGAAGAUCAAGCACAUCAGCUAUAUCCUGAUGAACAAAGGGGCGAUCGUGAAAGUUGGGAAGCAGCCAAAGGACCCGGGGCAGACCGUGGUGACGAUGACGGUUCCGAUCACCAGUGCGCUGAUCCCAUCGUUCCGACUCGUGGCUUAUUACUACAUAGCUGUGGGAGGGAAAUUUGAAUCAGUGGCUGAUUCCAUCUCGAUUGAUGUGAAGGACACAUGCAUGGGAUCGCUCAAAAUCACUGGGGCCAACGAAGGGGACAAUAAGAAGAUUUAUAGCCCACACCAAGCAUUCAAGUUGAAAGUAACAGGCGAUUCAGGAGCCAAGUUUGGUCUUGUGGCUGUGGAUAAAGCCAUCUACGUGCUGAAUAACAAAAACAGACUGACUCAGAGCAAGAUCUGGAGCACAGUAGAGGAGAGCGACAUUGAAUGUAGAGCAGGAAGUGGGCCUGAUGCCUUUGGUGUUUUUAGUGAUGCAGGUUUAGCUUUCACAGCAAGCAAUGGGUUCAAGUCGACCACACGGACAGAACUCGGGUGCAAACAGAUACAGAAGAGGAAACGUCGAUCGCUCACUCUCAUGAAGCUAAGGAGAUCCAAAGAGAGCAAGUACUCAAAACGUUUACUGAGAUGCUGCCGGGAUGGAAUGAAGUCGAUUCCAAUGGCCUACUCGUGUACCUUCAGAGCAAGACGCAUUAAGCAAAGCCGUGAAUGUGUUGAUGCCUUCCUGGACUGCUGCAACGCUUACCAGCAAAGGAAGAAAUUAGAAGCAAGUAGUAUGAUGACAUUAGCACGAAGCGACGAUGAUCAAGGUUAUCGUCUGUAUGAAGAUAUUUUCGCCCGAAGCAAUUUCAGAGAAAGCUGGCUUUGGUACCUGUACGACAUGCCCAAGGACACUGACAGAGAAGGAUGGGUAUCCAUUUCAUUUAAAAUCCCUGUUUAUUUAUCAGAAGUUGUAACCUCUGCCUCUUUCUGCUUAAUCAGCUAUGCUUCAAAAGAAAUACCAGGUCACCUGCCAGACUCUAUUACUUCCUGGGAGGUGCAGGCGGUCAGUAUUUCACAGGAUAAAGGUAUUUGUGUGUCUGAUUCUUACGAGAUGACAGUGAAGAAAGACUUUUUCAUUGAUCUUCGUCUGCCCUAUUCGAUCAUACGGAAUGAGCAAGUGGAAACCAAAGCCAUUCUUUACAAUUACCACAGCGAGAAGAUUAAAGUCAAAGUGGAGUUUCCAUACAAUGAACAGAUCUGCAGUGGGGCAACACCACAGAAGAGGUUCAAACAGACGGUCGAGAUUCACCCAAAGUCUUCCGAAGCCGUGUUCUACACCAUCAUCCCUCUGGUGCUUGGAGAUAUUGCAAUCGAAAUAAAGGCCUCUGUCUAUGAAGCUUUUGUCAGUGACGGAGUGAGGAAGACCCUUCGUGUGGUGGCCGAGGGCAAACAGGUGGAAAGAGUGCAGACUAUCAUAUUAGAUCCUCAAGCUUCAAUAGGUGUACAUAAAGAAUUCCAAGUUGAUAAUAGAAUCCCAGAUAAUGUGGUUCCAAACACAGAGCCCCAGACCUUCAUCAGUGUACAAGGGAACGUGUUGGCUGAGACCAUUGAAAAUUCUAUUGAUGGGAAUAAGCUGAAACAUCUAAUCCGACAGCCAACUGGGUGUGGCGAGCAGAAUAUGAUCUCAAUGACCCCCGGGGUGAUUGUCACUCAUUACCUGGACAAAACCGCUCAGUGGGAUAAAGUGGGCCUGGACCGCAGAGAGACUGCGCUAACCUACAUAAGGAAAGGUUACGCUCAACAGCAGGCUUUUCGCAAGCCAGGAGGAUCGUAUGCAGCCUUCAUCAACCGCGCUUCCAGCACCUGGUACGUCAGUCAAGGGGUCGUGGGGCUAAUUGUGACUCUGUGUCUCGCCAGGCUGACCGCGUAUGUGGCGAAGGUGUUUGCAAUGGCCCAAAGUCUGAUCUCAAUAAAAGCUGAGGUUUUGUGCGAAGACCUGAAGUGGCUAAUAUUAAGGAAACAGAAACCUGACGGGAUCUUUGUGGAGUACGCAGCUGUGAGUCAACUCGAAAUGCAGGGUGGAGUGCACGGGGCUGAAAAUGAUGCCUCGUUGACUGCGUUUGUUCUUAUCGCAAUGAUUGAGGCCAAAGAUCUCUGCUCAAGAAGCAUAGGGAGUUAUGAAAGCAGCAUCCAGAAAGCCGGUAACUAUUUGGAAGGCCGUAUUGCCAAGCUGACCCGCGCGUACUCCGUGGCCAUCACUACCUACGCCUUGUCGCUCUUGGGGAUACACAAGGACGACAUUUUGAUGAAGUUCGCCUCCAAGAAUGGAACCUACUGGGCAAAAGCCAAUAAGGAGAAUUCCAUGUACACCAUCGAAGCCACAGGAUACGCUCUGCUCGCAUUACUGCAACUGGAGAAAUUCGAACAAACUGGUAAAAUCGUGAGGUGGAUGUCUGCGAAGAGAGAUUAUGGUGGCGGCUACAAAUCCACCCAGGCCACCUUUGUUGGUUUGCAGGCUCUUGCUGCAUACCUGAUUCAAAUGCCCGAUUCGAAAGCUGUCAAUAUGGAUGUCACUCUGACCAUCAAGGGCAGGCAAAAUUCCUUUCCCUGGCAUUUUAACACAGAAAAUGUGUAUGUAGCGAAAUCUGAAAAGAUCAACAUCAAUCAAAACUUCACUGUCGCAGUGACAGGUCAAGGCCAGGGGAUGCUAACAGUGACGACCAUUUACAACGCUUUAUUGACUGAAAAAGCCAAGGAGUGCCAGAAAUUUGACUUGCGAGUUACUCUGGAAGAGGUUUUUCCAGAAAAAAAACCACAAGGCGCCCUGAGCUCUGUAUUGAUAAACGUGUGUGCACGGAAUCUGGAAGAGACAGAGGUGACAAUGACCAUCGCGGAUAUUUCCAUGUUAACUGCAUUUUCUCCGGAUUUGGAUGAUUUGAAAGCGAUUUCAACUGGCGUCGAUCUGUACAUAUCAAAGUUUGAACUCAACAAAGAUACUUCACGCAAAAGUUCCUUGAUUAUUUAUCUGGAUAAACUAAGACACGACACAUAUUUGUAUCUUUUUACCGAAUAUUCCUCUUAUUUAAAAAAAAACUAUUUAUUUGGUUUCAUGCAACCAGCUGCAGUUGAGGUGUAUGAAUACUAUGAUUCAGCAAACAGCUGCACAUCGUUCUACAACUUAAAGGCAAGCAACGCCAUGCUUGGUAAGAUUUGUCACAACGAGAUCUGCAGAUGUGCAGCAGAAAACUGUGUUUCGCUACAGAAACCAAACGACAGAUUGAUAACUGCUGAUAUGAGACAAUACCAGGCCUGCCUUCCGGAAGUUGAUUUUGUUUACAAGAUACGAUUCCUCAAAAAGGAAGAAAAAGAGGGUUACGAUUACUACAGUUUCAAAGUCCUGACAGUGAUUAAAGCCGGUGAGACAAUCAUCAGUUCAAAUUGUUACUUGUCUAAUUCGCGCAGAAACCCAUCACUGUGUCCGGCUGUGAAUAUUCCUCUUACAGGAAGUGACGAGGUGGUGGAGGGAAAUGACAGGUUCUUGGUGUCACACGCCAGCUGCAAAGAGACGUUUGUGGUGGAUCUGCAGGUCAAGGAUUAUUUGAUUAUGGGUUUUCAGAAAGAUCUGUGGCCGAUGAAAAAUGGAAUGACCUACGUGGUCACGAAGGGGACCUGGGUGGAAUGGUGGCCGAACAACGAGGAGUGUCAGGCUCGGACUUACAGAAGCCUCUGUGAGAACCUGAUAGACUUUUCAGACACCCUGCGUGACUUUGGAUGCACCACUUAAACACGCUCUGACUAACCACAUCCAACAACAGCCCUCGCAUUUGAUACGGCGCCUUUUCACGUCAAGCCGCCUCACUGAGCUCCA